AGCGGCUGCCGGCUUCUAAAUUUUGUAUGGUGAUGAAGAUAUUUUAUUGCUCAUUGUAAUAAUAAACUUUUGUAAUAAUCGUUAUUCGUUCGACGUACGUUUUUACGAAAAUGAUGUCCCAGAGCAGUGCACCAGUUUUAGUGUUGAACACCAACACCAAAAGAAAAUUUGGACAUAAAGUUCAAAAAGAAAAUAUAGCAGCAGGCAAAGCAAUUGCAGAUGUGGUGCGUACUUGCAUUGGACCCAGAGCUAUGCUUAAAAUGUUAAUGGAUCCAAUGGGUGGAAUUGUAAUGACAAAUGAUGGAAAUGCUAUCCUAAGAGAAAUCACUGUCCAGCAUCCAGCAGCCAAAUCUUUUAUUGAGAUUGCUCGUACGCAGGAUGAAGAAGUUGGUGAUGGUACUACUUCAGUAGUAGUACUUGCAGGUGAAAUUUUGGGUGUUGCUGAACAAUUUUUGGAACAAAAAAUUCAUCCAACUGUUAUCAUUAAGGCUUACCGCCAAGCUCUUGAAGACAUGUUAAAUAUUUUAGAUAAAGAAUUUAGUAUUCCUUUACCUAUGGAUGAUGAAAAUAAACUGAUUGAAGUUAUUCAAUCAUGUAUAGGUACUAAAUUAAUUGGCACCUGGUCAGACUUAGCUUGCAGCAUUGCUUUAAAUGCAGUUAAAACAGUAAAAAUUAAAGAGAAUGGUCRUACUGAAAUUGAUAUAAAAAGGUAUGCUAAGGUAGAGAAAGUGCCUGGCGGUGCAAUUGAAGAUUCUGAAUUAUUAAAUGGUAUUAUGUUAAACAAAGAUAUCACGCAUCCUAAGAUGAGAAGAUUAAUCAAAAAUCCUAGAAUUAUUCUUUUAGAUUGUUCUUUAGAGUUCAAAAAAGGUGAAAGUCAAACAGAGGUGGAAAUUGUUAAAGAAACUGAUUUCACUAGGUUAUUACARAUUGAAGAAGAGUAUAUAGAACAAAUGUGCAAUGAUAUUAUUGCCAUGAAACCUGACUUGGUAUGUACUGAGAAAGGAGUUUCUGAUUUGGCACAACAUUACUUAAUGAAAGCGAAUAUAUCCGUACUCAGACGUUUAAGAAAAUCUGAUAACAAUCGUAUUGCAAGAGCUUGUAAUGCUACUAUAGUGACACGAACAAAUGAACUUCGUGAAAUCCAUGUUGGUACUGGAGCUGGUCGUUUUGAAAUUAAAAAAAUUGGUGACGAAUAUUUCACAUUUAUUACUGAAUGUAUCAACCCAAAAGCCUGUACAAUUUUACUUAGGGGGCCAAGCAAAGAUAUACUAAAUGAAGUUGAGAGGAAUUUACAAGAUGCUUUGCAUGUGGCUAAAAACAUUAUGUUGAACCCAAGAUUGGUUACUGGUGGUGGUUCUAUUGAAAUGGCUAUAUCACAGGCGUUGGUGAAAAAAAGUUCAAAUAUAGCAGGUGUUGUACAAUGGCCAUAUAAAGCUAUCGCACAAGCAUUAGAAGUGAUACCACGCACUCUUUUGCAAAAUUGUGGAGUUAGCACUAUAAGGACAAUGACAUCAUUAAGAGCCAAGCAUGCAAUCAGAGGUAAUGAGUAUUGGGGUAUUAAUGGUGAAACUGGAGAAAUGUCCAAUAUGAAGGAUUUUAAGGUAUGGGAACCAAUUGUAGUUAAAUYGCAAGUAUAUAAAACUGCGWUCGAGACUGCUAUAUUAUUAGUGCGAAUUGAUGAUAUUGUAUCAGGAACUAAGAAAAUUGGAGAUGAUGGACAGCCAAAACCAUCUACAMAGCCAACUGAAGAAUCUAUGAAGGAAUAAUUCAUGUUUUUAUUGAUCACUUAAUUAAUUUAAAAAACAUUUCUAUACUUUCCAAAACUUGUUUAUGCUCAAUUUUACUAAAUACUUUGUCUAAUGCUUGUUCAUGUUAUUAAAAUUAUUUAUUUUUAC